AUAUACUCCUACGUGUGAGAAGCUCAUCGCGCAGUUCAAAACAUGCAUGAAUUUACUAAAGGAAGAUGUGGGCACCUUGGAGCAAUUCAUGAAAGAAUACAAGAUGUCAUGUCCAGCCGCUUUUAGUCGGUUGCAGAUAGGUGUACCCGCUACUAUCGAAUUGGGAGGCAUGGGAGAAAGCGAUCAACGACUCAUGGCCAAAUAUGUUGCCGAAACUGUUCAG